AGGGAACACGCUAGCCGAGCGAGACCUUCGGCGGAGAAGAGGUAAAUCGAUGUCUAGAAAACCGCGCAACUUUUCGUGGAUCGAAGAGGGUAAAUUAGCAGCUUUCGGUUGGCCGUCCACGGUAGAAAACGUGCGCUACCUAGUCGAUGUCGGAAUACGUCAUCUCGUGACGUUGUCGCCCGAGAAACCACCCCCGAUCUAUACGUUUCCCGAGAUCAGCUGGACGGAAAUCAAAAUACGAGAAUUUCAUCCUCCUACCGUCAGUCAGAUAAACAAAUUCGUCGGCGUUUGCCAGAAGGCGUUCGAGUUGGGAGAGGCCGUCGGAGUGCACUGCUGGAUGGGGAGAGGCCGGACCGGCACCAUGGUUGCGUGUUAUUAUAUUAAGUUUAAAGGAAUGCAACCGUUAGAAGCGGUCUCUAUGGUCCAGAGGGCAAGACCGGGCUCCGUAGAGACUUACACUCAGGAAGCGGCCGUGAUGGACUAUUAUGCAUAUUUAGUUCAACGUGGCCUAUUAGAAUAUGAUUAAUCAAUUUUAAACAUUGUAACAUUCAAACAUUAUUUAUUAAACAGACUGAAUACAUGAGUCAAUAUAAUACAAUACAAUAAUCAAAAAAAUAUUUUGUCUCUUGAGACAAAAGAUUUUCUUGAUUAAAUAUUUUUAUUUUUUCAUCCUAAAAGCAAAGUUUGCUUUUAGGAGAAAUAAAUAGUUAUAAAAAAUACUUAAUUACAGCAAAUGUAGAGAAUCGAAAAGUGGAAUAAUUACUCCAAGAUGGCACUCUAAAGUAUCUGUCCGGAAUAGUCAUUAUGUUUACAUUUCCAAAAAGUUUCGAUCUUCUUACUGACAGAAAAAACAGGUAUGGUCAAUGUUUCCUAGUUUGAAAAUUCCAAACUUUUGCCUUUAUCUAGACAAAAUCUUGUGUACACAAACAUUUUCAUAAAACAGAAUAAGAAUGUUUUCUGAAAUAAAAUGAUUGAUGGAUAUUAAUUUAAAAUUAAAAAUUGGUCUGCUAAAACUGGGAAUUCCAAAUUUUUAAAUAUAUAAGGAAUAAAGUUAAAUGAGAAGAUAUUUGGAUUUGUUUUAGUUGUUUAUUAAUAACAGUUGUCAAAAACAUAGGUUAAACUAUGGAAGAAAUGAGAAGCAGUUUCACUUUACUUUUUUUUUUUAUUUUACUUUUGGCUAGUAAGUUUUGUCUGGUUUAUAUAAGAUGGGUUCCCAACAGUUUUGUGGCACGGAUGCAUUCGACAUUGCAAAAUAUAGUGGUGGGCAAAAAUAGGAUUUAAAAAAAAUAAAAAAUAUUAUGUCCUUUAUUAUAACAUGCAUUUUGUAAUAUAUAUUUACUAUGACAUAUUAUAUAUUUAUUAUAAAAGCCGAAUUAGUGCGAUCUUUGACACUGCAUUUCAUUUGCUAAUUUCUCACAGUUGGGAGUGUAAGCCGAUAAUCCCAAUCGUAAACAAUCUUCAAGGUUAGUAUUAGUAAGUUGAGAUCUGAUUUUUGAUUUUAUAAUAUUCAUGGUGAAAAUAAAGAUUCGCACAAAUAUGUGGAACCAAAACAGGACUUGAUUUUGAAGGCUUUUUUUCUUUACAAAAGGUUAUACUUUUUAUGCUGAACUAAAUUCCAAAAAUUUUCAUCCGUAUUGUGAAAUUUUAAUACGAUGUCAUUUUGGAAAUCUAAAAUCUCUUCUUCAAUUAUCAGUGUUUCUUCUUGAAGAAGUUCUUCUAUAAAUUUAUCAGUUUCAGUAAUGUCUACUUGUGUACUAUAGGAUUUAAAAAGCAUGUAACCACGGGUUCGAUAAUGGUAAAUUGAUGGAAUCUACUUUCAAACUUCCAAAAGUUUUUUAAGAUGAGUAAUAAAUAAUGUUAGGUCAAAAUUAUUUUUACCGGUCACUUUUUUCAUCCUUGGAAAAUGUACAAGAAAAUUUUUUGACAAAUUACUUAUCCAAAACUGUAUUUUGGCUUUCAAUGCUUUUGUAGAGCUAAUAAUUUUAGCUAAAUGUUUAUUUUUUCCCUGGAGAUCCAGGUUUAAACUGUUCAAUUUUUCACAUAUGUCAGUUAAAAAACCAAGUCCAUCAACCAUUGUAGGUUAUCUAAUUGUUCAAACGUUUGACCUUUUGACAUAAGGAAUUUUUUUUAAUCUCUUCCAAAAGAUCAAAAAAUUGGCCAAGUGCUUUGCCUUUACUUAACCUACAUCUGCAUGUAAGAUAAGGUCAGCUUGGGAAGAUUUGUCCUUUUCUACAAGGGCUUUAAACAAUUGUGUGAUGAAGGAUUUGCUCAAAUUUUGUUAAUUAUUUUAAUAACAGCAUUCAUAACAUGUUCAAAGGAUAAUAUUUGGACACACAAUGAUUUUUGACAUAUGAUUCAGUGAUAAUACAUAAAAUUCAGAAAGGAUUCAUCUCUCUUGCAAUGAGAAAUGAAUCCAUUAUUGCAACCCACCAUUGCUAGUGCACCGUCAGUAAUUAUUGCUGAUAACUUGUGUAAAGGCAUAUUAAUUUCUGUUGAGUAAUUUUUAAAGAUAUUAUAAAUAUCUUCACCCCUUGUUUGCUCUUGCAUUGAUAGUAACUUUAAUAGUUCUUCUUUCAUACUAAAAUCACUGAAUACCAUUCUUAUCAUUACUGCCAAUUGCACUGUAUAUAUCUGUUGACUUGUCUAAUUGUAAUGAGAAAUACUCAUAUUCUUCCAAAUCAUUUUUUAACUGACUUUGAAAUCACCUGGAUUCUUCUUGUACUUGUAUUGUUUGAUAACAGCAAAUCUUGUAUUGCUGAAAUAAUUUCUCACUUAUUAGAAAAUCCUCCAAAUAACAAAUUGGCUCCAAUGAGAAAUUCUUCCUUAAUUAGUUCACUUUCUAAAAAUGGUGGUUUUGUUUUGCCAAAAAAUGAGAAAUUUUAAAGGAAGCAAUAGUGGCAUUUUUAUUUUUAUUUACAUGGCUGGUAAAAAAAUGCGUGUUGGGUAGAUAAUCCCGAUUUUAGUUGAUUAAAUUUUCUUUUUCUUAACUUGGAUUUAGACAGAUAACUAACUUCAAAAUAAUUGUGAUUAGUUUUGUAAUGAUGUUCGACAUUGUGUUCUUUUGCCACUGACACAACACUUGCAUAUUAAGCAAAUACAUUUCUCCUUACUUUCGAUAACAAAGUAGUCUUCUUCCCAAUCUUUGCUAAAAUGAUAGGUGCAUUGUAUUUUACUUGGAUUACUCAUUUUCAGGUAAAAUAUUUAUAUACACAACUCAAUGAUAGCAUGUGAUGACAACAGUACGAGUUUACAAUGACAGCGUGCAGUGGCAACUAAUACCAUACUACUAAUACAAUAGAGAUACUAUUGGAGACAUGAUUAUAAUAGGCAUGAUGGAUUAGACAGUGGUUAGUGUAGCCAAUUUAGCAAAUUUCUCAUUACAUCUAGCAAGAUUUUAAAAACUAAAGUUUUUAUUUUCUUUAUUUUUGAAGAUUUAAAUUUUUUGUUUUAUUAUUUGAACACUGCAGCAGGCGCAAGGUUAGGAACUUGAUAUAAGAAGUCAUGAUCCAGAACCAAAAUGUUUUAGCCAGUAAUUCCUGCAUUUUUCUUUUUGCAUCAGCAUGUGCUUUUGCUGACUAUCUAUGUAAAGUAAAACUAGAUUGCAUACAUAUAUGGGAAUUAACAUGAUUUUAUUUGGGGACACUUGAAAAUACUGCCUCUGUGUCUACACUGAUCGGAGCUACUACUGGGGAACGUCAAUGCUAACCGAUACUAAGCAGAUUAAAAAUAAA